AUGGGCAACGAGGCGAGCUUGGAAGGAGGCGAAGGGCUGGGCGCUUUCCCCGAAGGGGCGGCGGCAGCCGGGGAUGGCGGCGGCUCCGCGGCCCCUUUGCAGCGCCUGGUCCCGGCCGGGGUGGAGGCGGACCUGAGCCAACUGAGCGAGGAGGAGAGGAGGCAGAUCGCCGCUGUCAUGUCAAGGGCGCAGGGGCUGCCCAGAGGGAACCUCGCCGGCGCGGAGCCGCCUCCCAUGCAAAGACAUCCUGAGAUUGAUACAAGCCAUCGUCCCAGGCAACCAGGUAAGCCUCCAGACCCAGGACCACCAAGCUUAAGUAAAAGCAGAACAGUAGAUGUGCUGAAGACAGAGCAACGGGCACCUGGACGGAGCCCUUCUUCUAUUAGUCUAAGGGAAUCAAAAUCCAGGACUGAUUUUAAAGAAGAUCAGAAGCCAAGUAUGAUGCCCAGUUUUCUCUCAGAAGCCAAUCCCUUGAGUGCAGUCACUUCUGUUGUGAACAAAUUCAAUCCUUUUGAUUUGAUAUCGGAUUCAGAUGCAGCCCAUGAAGAAGCUGGUAAGAAACAAAAAGUUACACAGAAAGAGCAAAAGAAACCUGAAGAGCAGAGGGGCCUUGCAAAACAUCCAACUCAGCAGCAGUCUCCAAAGCCUCAACAACAAGGACCUGUCAGACCUACCCCCCAGCAAACUGAGUCUUCCAAACCAGUGCCUCAGCAGCAGCAGCCUGGGGAACCAAAGCAAGUUCAAAAACCAGGCCCUGGUCACCCAGCAGACUCUAAGCUAGAUCAAGCAAAACAAACACCCCAGCCACCAGGACCACAAAAAUCUCAGCCUCAGCAAUCAGAGUCAACGAAGCCUGUUCAGCAACAAACUUCUGCAAAACCACCAUCAGGCCCAACAAAGCCGUCACCACAGCAACCAGACAACGCCAGAACAUCAUCCCAAACCCCACCUCCCACAAAACCAUCUUCACAGCAUCCAGGACCUGUAAAACAACCAUCUCAACAGCCAGUGCGACAAGGAGGCCCUGUAAAGCCAUCUUCCCAGCAAGCUGGGCCUCCAAAACAGCCUUCUCAGCAACCUGGACCUGAAAAGCCAUCUGCUCAGCAAACAGGACCUGCUAAACAACCAUCGCAGCCUGGACCUGGGAAGCCACCUCCCCAGCAAACAGGGCCUGUAAAACAAGUGCCACCACAGGCAGGGUCUACAAAACCAUCUUCUCAGACUGCAGAGGCCACAAAGCCCCCAGGACAACAACCAGGACCUACAAAAACACCGGGCCAGCAACCAGGGCCUGAGAAACCCUCCCAGCAAAAGAAAGUUGGUGCAACCCAACCCACGGAUUCUCCCCCAAAGAAAACCUUAUGUCCUCUUUGCACAACCACUGAACUGCUGCUGCAUGCUCCAGAAAAGGCCAAUUUCAAUACGUGCACACAGUGUCAUACUGUAGUCUGCAGCCUGUGUGGAUUCAAUCCUAAUCCUCAUAUAACAGAGAUUAAGGAAUGGCUCUGUUUAAACUGCCAGAUGCAAAGAGCAUUAGGUGGUGACCUAGCACAAGGUGAUGGUCCUGGGCCACAGCCACCUCCACCCAAACAGAAGACACCCAUUCCACCUUCAGCACCUAAACCAUCCCCCCAGCCACAACCAGUUCAAAAGAAAGAUGCUUCUUCAAAACCUGAUCCUUCACAGCCAGCAGACUCAAAAAAACCCCUCCCACAGAAAAAGCCACCAUCCUUGCCUGGAUCUCCCACUGUAAAAUCAAAACAACCUCAUGGUAUGCCUACUGAGGUCUCCCAGCAAAUAGAUCCUACUCCAAAGUCUGAACAUGAGAGGCCAGUGCAGGAUGAAGAUAAGCAAAAACAACCCAGUAUACAGAAGCCUACAAUGGACACUGUGCCUACCUCUGCAGCAGCAGGGCCAAAACAGGAUUCAGCAGAUCCCAAACCUCCCCCAACUCAACAGAAAGCAGAAGAAUCCCCAAAGCCAGAGGUUGCCAAGCCAUCACAGGACACACACCCGGCUGGAGAUAAAACAGAUUCCAAACCCCUUCCACAAGUGUCUCGACAGAAGUCAGAUCCCAAGCUUACACCUCAGCCUGGGGCUAGACCAGAUGCUAAAACUCAAAAGCCUGUCGAGCCAACACAAACAAAAGGUGAUCCUAAGAAGUUACAAGCAAAACAGGUUCCAAAGCCUGAGACCAAACCUGCUCCCAAGGGCCCACAAGCAGGGGCAGGUCCCAAGCCAGCACCAGCACAGCUGGCACCUCAGCCCCAGCCCACUCAGAAAACUCCUGAGCAAUCAAGGCGUUUCAGCCUUAAUCUGGGAGGUAUCACAGAUGCCCCUAAGCCUCAGCCUACAACACCACAAGAAACAGUUACGGGGAAACUCUUUGGAUUUGGAGCUUCAAUCUUCAGCCAGGCCUCGAAUUUAAUUUCAACAGCAGGUCAGCCAGGACCUCAGACAUCAGCCCCCCCUGCUUCUGGCCCUGCAGCGAAGCAGCCUCAGCCUCCAUCACAGCCUCCAGCCUCUCCAGCUGCCCCCAAAGAGUCUGGUCAGGCUCAGCCUCUUCAAAAAAGUGUUCCUGUAAAGAAAGAAGCCAAGCCUCUUACAACUGAAAAAUCGGAGCCAUCAAAAGCAGAGAGUGUUUUAACAACCAAGGGAUCUGAUUUGGAAAGGAAAACUGUUUUGGCUAAAGACAGUAAGCCUCAGGCUGCAGAAGCUAAGAAACCUGCUGGAGAACCAGAGAAAGUCAGCCAGCCUGAAGUGUCUUGUCCCCUUUGUAAAACUGGACUAAAUAUUGGUUCUAAGGACCCUCCAAACUUUAAUACAUGUACAGAGUGCAAGAAAGUUGUGUGCAAUCUCUGUGGAUUUAACCCAAUGCCACACAUUACUGAGGUUCAGGAAUGGCUGUGCUUGAACUGCCAGACCCAAAGGGCGAUUUCAGGACAACUUGGGGAUAUGGGCAAGGUGCCACUUCCAAAAGCUGUCCCUUCGCAACCGGUAUCCAAACCACCUGCUGCUCCUCAAAAACAGCCUGUGCCUGCUGUCUCACCGUCCCCUCAGAAGACUUCCACCCCUCCUACUCCAGGAGCAGCAAAACCAAAAGAAGAACCAGGUGUUCAAAAGGAAGUUCCAAAAGCUCAGCAGGGGAGGCUGGAGAAAACAUUGUCAUCUGAUAAGAUCCAACAAGGAAUUCAGAAAGAAGAUGCAAAACUUAAGCAGGGAAAACUUGUCAAGGCACCCUCAGCUGAUAAAAUCCAGCGCGUUCCUCAGAAAGAAGACCCAAGACUGCAGCAAACAAAACUGGCAAAAACAGCCUCAGCUGACAAAAUUUUGCAUGGAGUUCAGCAGGAAGACGUAAAACUUCAAGAGUCAAAACUGGCAAAAACAGCCUCAGCUGACAAAAUUUUGCAUGGAGUUCAGCAGGAAGAUAUAAAACUUCAAGAGUCAAAACUGGCAAAAACAGCCUCAGCUGACAAAAUUUUGCAUGGAGCUCAGAAGGAAGACAUAAAACUUCAGGAGUCAAAAUUGUCAAAGAUACCCUCAGCUGACAAAAUCUUACAUGGAGCUCAAAAGGAAGACAUAAAACUUCAAGAGUCAAAACUUGCAAAAACAGCCUCAGCUGACAAAAUUUUGUAUGGAGCUCAGAAGGAAGACAUAAAACUUCAGGAGGCAAAAUUGUCAAAGACACCCUCAGCCGACAAAAUUUUACAUGGAAUUCAGAAAGACCCAAAACUCCAACAGAUUAAAAUGGCAAAGGCACUGUCAGCUGACAAAAUCCAACCUGCUCCUCAGAAGGAAGAUGCACAGAUUCAGGAGGUCAGAUUGUCAAAGGCAGUUUCAGUGGAUAAAAUUCAACAUGGAAUUCAGAAAGAAGAUCCAAAACUUGAGAAAAUCAUGAAAACUUCAUCAAUGGAGCAAAUCCAGCAUGAAGGUCAAAAACCAGAAUCAAUACUUCAGCAAGAAAAACUUUCAGAGUCACUUUCAGCAGAUAAAAUUCCCACAACAGUAAGUUCAGAAAAGAAACCCCUAAGCACACUGGAAGAAGAUAAAAAACCUGUUAUCCCAGAAAAAAGUACACCACAUCCAGAGGAUAAAAAAGAACAAAUUCCAUCUGGGGCUAAAGACCAUGUUGAACAGAAAGCAGAAGUUGAAGCACCUUCUAAAGAACUGCAGGCUAAGAAGCAAGAGGAUGUAAAAAAAGAGGGUUUGACAGCUGGGAUUUCUCAAAUCAUUUUGAAAGAAAAAGCUCAGGAAGAAAUUCCUGUUCAAACAGCACCUUUGCCAGGAACUGAACAUGUGGAGGCAACAAGAGAAAAAAUAGAAAAAGAGGAUGACAAAUCAGACACAUCAAGCUCUCAGCAACAGAAAAGUCCACAAGGUCUGAGUGACACCGGCUAUUCUUCUGAUGGAAUAUCAAGUUCACUUGGUGAAAUUCCAAGUCAUAUCCCCAGUGAUGAAAAGGAUUUACUCAGAGAAACUAAAAUAAAAGACACUAUUUCACAAGAGAGUCCACCAAGCCCUUCAGAUCUAGCUAAACUGGAAAGUACAGUACUUUCUAUUUUGGAAGCUCAGGCAAGUAAUCUUUCGGGUGAAAAAUCUGCGAAAAGCAAAGAACUUUAUGAAUCAUACGGUGAACAGAUGAAGGAUCAACUUAAAACAAAGCCUUUGCCAGUCACACCAGAAUCUUACAGUUCUGAUGAGGAAGACUUAGGAACUAUUCAAGAAGGUGAAGGAAUUGUUGCAGCAGGUAGCAAAGGAAGUGCUUCCUCCCAGGCAGACUACAAGGCAGAAGAUGCCAGAGAUGACAUUUCAACAAGAAGGCAACGCUAUGAUUCUGUAGAAGACAGCAGUGAGAGUGAAAAUUCACCCGUCCCAAGGAGAAAAAGAAGAGCUAGUGUUGGUUCUUCAAGCAGCGAUGAGUACAAACGAGAUGACAGUCAAGGAUCAGGUGAUGAAGAAGAGUUCAUUAGAAAACAGAUUAUAGAGAUGAGUGCUGAUGAAGAUGCCUCAGCUUCUGAAGAUGAUGAAUUCAUUAGAAAUCAGCUCAAAGAGAUCAGUGUAACUGAAAGCCAAAAGAAAGAAGAAGUGAAAAGCAAAGCCAAAGGAACAGCUGGAAAACAUAGAAGAAUGAUACGAAAAAGUAGUGCAGGCUAUGAUGAGGAUGCAGGAAGAAGGCAUUCAUGGCAUGAUGAUGAUGAUGAGACUUUUGAUGAAAGCCCAGAGCCAAAAUACAGGGAAACUAAAAGUCAAGACAGUGAAGAACUUGGAGUAACUGGAGGAGGAGGCCUUCGGCGUUUCAAAACAAUAGAAUUAAAUAGUACAAUAGAAAACAAAUAUUCUGAAGCAUCUGAACAACAGAAAGGUAUUUUGUAUUUUGAUGAAGAGCCUGAGCUAGAGAUGGAGAGUCUUACAGAUUCACCAGAAGAUAGAUCUAGAGGAGAAGGGUCUUCUAGUUUACAUGCUUCUAGUUUUACACCAGGUACAUCCCCUACUUCAGUCUCAUCACUUGAUGAGGACAGUGACAGCAGUCCCAGUCACAAAAAACUAGGAGGAGAGAGCAAGCAACAGCGCAAGGCCAGGCAUCGGUCACAUGGUCCUCUUCUUCCAACUAUUGAAGAUUCAUCAGAAGAAGAAGAAUUACGGGAAGAGGAAGAACUGCUAAAGGAACAAGAAAAACAGCGGGAAUUAGAGCAACAAGAGCAGCAGCAACAGCAACAACAACAGCAGCAACAACAAAGAAAAAGUUCUAGCAAAAAAUCAAAAAAGGACAAGGAUGAGCUAAGAGCUCAAAGAAGAAGGGAACGUCCAAAGACUCCACCAAGUAAUCUUUCUCCUAUUGAAGAUGCAUCUCCAACAGAAGAAUUAAGACAGGCAGCAGAAAUGGAAGAGCUGCACAGGUCUUCCUGUUCUGAAUAUUCACCCAGUAUUGAGUCAGAUCCUGAAGGAUUUGAAAUCAGCCCAGAAAAAAUAAUAGAAGUACAGAAAGUUUAUAAAUUGCCUACUGCUGUCUCUCUGUACUCACCAACAGAUGAACAACCAAUUGGACUCUCAAAAGAAGAAAGUGGUCAGAAGACACUGAAGAGUGCUGAAGAGGUAUAUGAGGAGAUGAUGCAUAAGACUCAUAAGUCCAAGUCAUUUCAAAUUGCAAAUGAAAAAGAUGAAGUAUUUGAAAAAGAAUCUUUAUAUGGUGGGAUGCUAAUAGAAGAUUAUAUUUAUGAAUCUUUAGUAGAGGAUACUUACAAUGGAACUAUUGAUACUAGUCUUGUAAUGAGACAAGAUGAGAGUAAUGAAUAUAUGCAACAGAGGGGAAAAGAUAAAAAAAUAAGAGCCUCAGAACAGACCUAUGAAGAACCACAGAAAAUUACUGAUCUACAGAAAGACUACUAUAGUGUUGAGACUUUACAUUCUAUUGUGCCUCAAGAAGAUAUUGUUUCUAGUUCUUAUAUUAUGCCAGAAAGCCAUGAAAUAGUUGUAUUAGACAGCACAGUAACUUCUACCACUGAAGAAAAACAGUUGUUAGAUGCAGAAGCUGCUUAUGAAGAGUUUAUGAAAAGACAGAAAAUGCAACUAACCCCUGGGUCCAGUCCAACACAGCCAACUUCAGAUUUUGUUCCCACAUCUGAUGCAAAGAUAUCUAGUGUUGGAGAAAUGGUGGACAGUACAUCUUUAACAUCAAGCACUACUUCAGCAAUCUCAGAUGUAUCACCUGUCAGUAGCUCAGCACUUUCUAUCCCCGAUGUUAAAAUAACACAACAUUUUACAGCAGAGGAAAUUGAAGAUGAAUACUUAACAGAUUAUGCCAGAGAAAUUCAAGAAAUACUUUCUCAUGAAACAUCAAUUUUGACAUACUCUGAGACAUCGGAAGGUGCUGCAUCAGUUUUACCUUCUGAUACAGCUUCUUUAACAUCAUCUACAUCUUCAGUUUGUACUACAGAUAGUUCAUCACCAAUAGAUAGUGCAACCACAGGUUAUGUAGAUACAACAGAUGUUCUAAAUAAAAUAGCAGAUUCUGAAGGUGUCGGGACAGAAACCCAAGUUCCCUUAGCAUCUACGAAAAAGCCCUCUGAAGUGGGCAUGCUUUAUGACUCUGCUGCUGGAGUCACCAAAAAGCCAUCAGAUAUGGAAAGUGUAGCCCAAGCUGUAGUUUGUUUGCCUGAAACUACACCUUCAGAAGUGACAACCACAGUUGUAAAACCCAAGGAAUAUGCAGCUGAUGCCAUUACUUUUGAUAUCUCCAAAAUAGAAAAGGAAGCCGCUAGAAAAAUUAGUACAAUAGAGGCUGAUGUUAGAGUUCAUCAUGAAGAAUCACAAAAAGAAUUGGGUGUUGGUAUGACAGACAUUAAUUUUACUAGUGCUACAUCUGAGCAACCACCUGUAUGUAUUGUAUCAGUACCAGUUACAGAGCCUGCAUCAGAAACAUCUUCUGUACCUGCUCCCAGUGUUGUAAGUAAGAGCAGCCUGGCCUCUGUGCCUUUCUCAGCUCCUGCUGUAACACCCAAAGUAUUCUCACUUUUUAGAAGCUCUUCUUUGGAUUCUUCUGCACAACCUUCUCCACCCCCACCUCCUCCUCCUCCACCACCUCCUCCACCACCAUUGCCUCCACCUAUUUUACCUAAACCAGCCAUUUAUCCUAAAAAGGCAUCACAGAUUAAGACUUGUGCAGCAACAGCACCCACAGUGGUACCUUCAGUCACAAGUGUUCCAACACUCGACUCCACUGCUGUAUUAAAGAAUCAUGUGGUACCUGUCACAAAAACAUACACUUCAACACCUCCUCCUGUACCACCCAAACCAUCCUCCAUUCCAGCAGGGCUUGUUUUCAGUCACAGGCCCACUGAAGUAACUAAACCUCCAAUUGCUCCUAAACCAGCAGUUCCUCCGCUCCCAAUAUCCGUUCAUAAGCCAGCAGAAACACAGCCCAAACCAACAGGUCUGUCAAUGACUUCGAGCAUGACACUGAAUUUGAUUCCUGCAGCUGAAUACAAAAUAGCAUCUCCCACUUCCCCUUUGUCUCCCCACUCUAACAAAUCUUCACCAAGGUGGACAAAACCCUCACUGGAAACUUACGUUGUCAUCACAUUGCCAUCUGAGCCUGGAACUCCCACAGAAGCUUUAACUACUCAGGCUAUUACCAGCUGGCCAUUAGAAGCACCUUCUAAAGAACAGAUUCCCCAGCCUGUGCAACCAAUUUUUACUCCAUCAAUGAAAACAAUGGAAAUCCAAAGUAUGGCAGAUCAGAAUAUGUAUAUUUCAGGUGCUUUGCAAGAUAUUCCUGUCACAACACAAUCAACAUUGGAAAAAAUACCAAGUUCAAAAUUAGAAAUAGUAACGACAGAGGUAGCCAAGCCCCCAGUGUCUGUGGUUAAGGCCCCGAUGCCUGGUUUUGGUCUAGGUAGUGUUGCUAUUACUAUACCUCCAGAGCCACUACAUAUAGUAGAUCAAACCAGGUACAAAGAGAAUGGAAGAUUCCAUCCUUUAGGUGAUGUCAUAGAUCUUCGCACUUUAACUAAGAUGGAUAUUGAGAUGAAAGACAGCUGCAUGGAUCUGUCUGCUGUUUCCACAGACAUAAGAAAGCAAAUGCCAGCAAGUGAUACAUGUGGGCGGACAGUGAGUACUGUCCAGCCAGCUAUAAUCAAUCUUAGUACUGCAUGUAUUGCAGGUCCUUCUCUGUCUGUAGUCACCGAGACAGUAACUGUAAUGACCUGCACAACCACUGUAAGCUUCACUGCCAGUAAAGACACAUUUGUGGAUCUGGGACAUGCAAUGACAACACCACUCCAGCUAACAACAUCGAAACAUUUUGAGCCUGCAUACAGAGUAACAGGGAGCCAGCCAUUCUCUGCAGGUAGAGAUGAAGUGCCAAUAAAUUUAUCCCUUGGUACAUCAGCACAUGCAGUGACAUGGGCUACUACAAAGCCUGUUACUGUACCACCUGUUGGUGUUACAAACGGUUGGACUGAUCUCUCCACUUCUCAGGAGCCAAUGGAGGGUGAAGCAGUUGACCUUAGCACUGCAAAAUCCCACAGAACAGUAGUAACAAUGGAUGAAACUACUUCCGGUGUCAUAACAACAGUAAUAGAAGAUGAUGAAAAGCCUGUGGAUCUGACUGCAGGGCGAAGAGCUGUCUGCUGUGAUAUGGUUUAUAAGUUGCCAUUUGGUAGGAGUUGUACAGCACAGCAGCCACCAGCCACACUUCCUGAAGAUCGCUUUGGUUACAGAGAUGACCAUUAUCAAUAUGAUCGUUCAGGGUCAUAUAGCUACCGAGGAAUAGGAGGUAUGAAACCAUCUAUGUCUGACACAAAUUUGUCAGAAGCUGGACUGUUUGCAUACAAAAGCAAGAAUAGUUUUGAUUAUCGAGUUGGGGCUACUGAUGCAGCAGUAGAUCUUACCUCUGGAAGAGUUACUACAGGUGAGGUUAUGGAUUAUUCAAGCAAGACUACUGGUCCUUAUCCAGAGACUCGUCAGGUCAUUUCUGGCAUCGGGAUCAGUACACCACAAUAUUCCCAAGCAAGAAUGGCAUCAUCUCUGGGUUCUCAAUUUGGUGUUGGAAGUGUUUUAAGAUCAUCCAAUGGUGUUGUUUAUUCUUCAGUAGCAACUCCAAUCCCAUCCACAUUUGCCAUCACUACACAACCUGGUUCUAUUUUCAGUACAAGUGUCAGAGAUUUACCUACUAUCCAAACAAUUGACUCUGUUCCCUCUUUAUCAACUUUGCAACAGAGUCAACCACUCCCAAGGUCAUACAGUUUCUUGACAACAGUGGCAGCUGAAAAAGAUAGUGCAAUUACUGCCAUUGAUUUGGAGACAGGGUUACCACCUCUUGGCCUAGAAACUGUUACCACUGAGCCGACUACCUUGAUACCAGCUUUAACUACAGCAUCUGAAGUUUAUACAGAUGUAAUUGAAGAUGAGGUUGCCCUUCUCAUUGCCCCUGAAGAAGGCAAACAGCAGCAGCUUGAUUUGGAGCGUGAACUUCUUGAGCUUGAGAAAAUUAAGCAGCAACGCUUUGCAGAAGAGCUGGAAUGGGAGCGCCAGGAAAUUCAAAGAUUUAGGGAACAAGAAAAAUUCAUGGUGCAAAAAAAGCUUGAAGAGUUGCAAUCCAUGAAACAUCAUCUCUUAUUUCAGCAAGAAGAGGAACGACAAGCUCAGUUUAUGAUGAGACAAGAGACAUUAGCUCAGCAGCAAUUGCAGCUUGAACAAUUUCAGCAACUUCAACAACAGCUACACCAACAGUUAGAGGAGCAAAAAAUUCGUCAAAUAUAUCAGUAUGGUUAUGACCCUUCAGGAACUGGCUCUCCACAAACUACCACAGAUCAAACUCUUUUGGAAGGACAGUAUGCAACUACAGAAAAUGGCCAGUUUUGGCCUACUGAUGAUGCAACCACUACUGCUUCAGGAAUGCUGGGUAUUGAAAUUCCACAAAGCCAAACAUGGUACACAGUUCAGUCUGAUGGCAUUACCCAGUACAUGCCUAGGUCUGGUAUCCUAAGCUCUGUUUCAGAAAUGUCUCUUAAGGAUAUUGAUGUUAGAGAAGAGAAACAAUUGAAAAAGAGAAGUUCUAUGCCAAAAUUACGUGGCCCAUAUGAGGAGCUUGAAGAGACCCUUGAAGAGGAGCCCCGGUGUUUCAAAAAGAUAGUGGACAGUGGAGUGCAAACCGAUGAUGAAGAUGGAGCAGACAGAGGUUACACAAACAGGAGACGGAGACCCAAGAAGAGCGUUGAUACAAGUGUUCAGACAGAUGAUGAAGAUCAAGAUGAAUGGGAUCUUUCUAGCAGAUCCAGAAGGAAGCCUCGUGUAGGGAAAUACAGUGAGAGUACCACUGAGGCAGACAAAGCUAAACAGUUCUCCAAAGUAUCUAGUAUUGCAGUUCAGACUGUGGCAGAGAUUUCAGUACAAACAGAACCUGUAGGAACAAUAAGAACACCUUCAAUCAGGGCCAGAUUAGAUGCUAAGGUUGAAAUCAUAAAGCACAUUUCAGCUCCAGAAAAAACAUACAAAGGAGAAAGUCUGGGAUGUCAGACAGAGGCUGAGUCAGAUUCUCAGAGUCCUCAAUAUCUGUCAGCUUCAUCUCCUCAGAAGGAUAAAAAACGCCCAACACCAUUAGAGAUAGGAUACUCAUCCCACCUUCGUCCAGACUCCACAUUGCAGGUAGUCCCUUCCCCUCCCAAAUCUCCCAAAGUUCUCUAUUCACCCAUUUCACCUGUUUCACCAAGCAAAGUUAUAGAGUCAGCUUUUGUACCCUAUGAAAAACCCAUUACUGAUGACAUCAGCCCUCAGAAGAUGCUGCAUGCUGACAUUGCCAAGGUUCCUCCAUCAAGCCCAAAGGCAGCAAAGAUGAUGCAACGUUCUAUGUCUGAUCCUAAGCCCCUGAGUCCCACAGCAGAAGACAGUUCCAGAGCUCAGUUUCAGUACACUGAGGGUUUCAUGACAAAAGGUUCUUCAAGUAUAACUCCAUCAGGAACUCAAAAGAAGGUGAAGAGGACUCUGCCUAACCCACCUCCAGAAGAAGCAACACCAGGAACUCAAUCGCCAUACACUUCUGUGGGAUCGGUUUCACGCAGAAGGAUUUGUAGGACCACCACUAUGGCCAGAGCCAAAAUUCUUCAGGAUAUAGACAGGGAAUUGGAUCUGGUUGAACGUGAAUCAGCCAAGCUUAGGAAGAAGCAAGCAGAGCUAGAUGAGGAGGAGAAAGAAAUAGAUGCCAAGCUGAGAUACUUGGAAAUGGGGAUUAAUAGGAGGAAAGAAGCCUUACUUAAAGAAAGAGAAAAGAGAGAGCGUGCCUAUCUCCAAGGAGUAGCAGAAGAACGUGAUUAUAUGUCAGACAGUGAAGUUAAUAAUACCAGGUCAACCAGAAUAGAAACUCAGCACGGUUUGGAAAGACCACGCACUGCACCCCAGACAGAGUUUAACCAGUUUAUGCCACCACAAACCCAGCCAGAAACCCAGUUUGCCCCUGCUACAAGCCCAUAUGGUCAGUAUCAGUAUUCAUCUCCUGCCCUGCCUACUCAAGCACCGACUCCGUUUACACAGCAGUCACAUUACCAACAACAGCAGCCUUUGUAUCACCAGCAGGUUUCACCCUAUCAGACCCAGACAGCUUUCCAGACAGGAGCUACUAUGUCCUUUACUCCACAGGCUCAACCUCCGCCAUCUCAACAGCCAUCAUACCAACUCCCAUCACAGAUGAUGGUGAUACAGCCAAAACCAAGACAAACUACAUUAUAUUUGGAACCUAAGAUAACAACAAACUAUGAUGUAAUUCACAAUCAGCCUCUCAUGAUAGCACCAGUUUCAACUGACAGUAAUUAUCCAGUUUCCCAGCUGGGCAGUAAAUACUCUACCUUGGACUUAAGGAUAGGACUAGAUGAGAGAAAUAGCAUAGCAAGCAGUCCUAUAUCAAGCAUAUCUGCAGAUUCAUUCUAUGCAGAUAUAGACCACCACCAUACACCCCGAAAUUAUGUGCUGAUUGAUGAUAUAGGAGAACUUACUAAAGGAACAGGAGCACUUGGUUCCAGUUUUAGCCUCCAUGAAAAAGAUCUGACUAAAACAGAUCGACUGCUUCGCACAAGUGAGGCCAGGAGAGCACAAGAAGUGUCAGACUUCCUAGCACCACUGCAUGCUUCUUCUAGGUUACAUUCCUAUGUUAAAGCUGAUGAAGAUCCAAUGGAGGACCCUUAUGAGCUCAAACUUCUGAAACACCAGAUAAAACAAGAGUUCCGUAGAGGUGCAGAAAGUCUUGAUCAUCUGGCUGGCCUGUCACAGUAUUACCAUGCAGAGGGCAGCUACAGGCAUUUUCCAAAAUCUGAGAAAUACAGCAUAGGUAGACUCACUCUUGAGAAACAAGCUGCUAAGCAGCUCCCAGCAGCCCUCCUUUACCAGAAGCAGUCAAAACACAAGAAAGCUUUGAUAGAUCCCAAAUUAACAAAGUUUUCACCUAUCCAAGAAAGCAGAGACCUUGAGCCUGACUAUUCGAGUUAUAUGACUUCUAGCACUUCAACACUUGGGGGAAUUACUACUAGGGCAAGGCUUCUUCAAGAUGAUAUCACUUUUGGCCUUAGAAAAAACAUCACUGACCAACAGAAAUACAUGGGACAACCACUGACUUCAUCCAUUGGAGCAGGCCUUGGGACUGCACUAGGCCCAACAAUGAGAUCCACAUUACAAGAUGAAGCAGACAAGUCUUAUAGCAGUGGUAGUAGAUCUAGGCCCUCAUCUAGACCCUCCUCAGUUUAUGGGCUUGAUUUGUCAUUGAAAAGGGAUUCUUCCAGUUCUUCUUUGAGACUGAAAGCUCAAGAAGCUGAACCCCUAGAUGUUUCCUUUAGCCAUGCAGCACCUUCUGGAAGAACUAAACCCACCAGUCUACCUAUUAGCCAAAGCAGGGGAAGGAUCCCAAUAGUAGCGCAGAACUCAGAGGAGGAGAGCCCACUGAGUCCCGUUGGCCAGCCAAUGGGAAUGGCAAGAGCAGCAGCUGGACCCUUGCCACCAAUAUCUGCAGAUACCAGGGACCAGUUUGGAUCGAGCCAUUCAUUACCUGAGGUCCAGCAACAUAUGAGGGAGGAGUCACGGACUCGAGGCUAUGAUCGAGAUAUAGCCUUCAUCAUGGAUGACUUCCAGCAUGCCAUGUCAGACAGUGAAGCCUAUCAUCUCCGUCGGGAAGAAACAGAUUGGUUUGACAAGCCCAGGGAAUCUCGUUUGGAGAAUGGACACGGCCUCGACAGAAGGCUACCAGAGAAGUUGUCCCACUCUCGGCCACCAAGUCAACACCAAGAUCAAAUAAGCUAUCAAAUCAAUGGGAAGCCCCUGCAGUACAUUUUCCCUUAUGCAAGGCUCAAACUACUGAGAGACCCAAAGGAUCACACAGUUUCAGGCAAUGGACUGGGAAUCAGGGUUGUAGGUGGGAAAGAAAUUCCAGGAACUGGAGGGGAAAUUGGAGCUUACAUUGCCAAGAUCUUGCCAGGUGGCAAUGCAGAGCAGACAGGAAAACUGAUAGAAGGAAUGCAGGUGCUGGAAUGGAAUGGCAUUCCCUUGACUGGGAGAACUUACGAAGAAGUUCAGAGCAUUAUUUUUCAACAGAGUGGGGAAGCAGAAAUAUGUGUAAGACUGGACCUGAACAUGCUCUCAGACUCUGACAAUCCCCAGCACCUGGAGCUGCACGAACCAGUAAAGGCAGUAGAUAAAACAAAGUCCCCAGGAGUUGAUCCCAAGCAACUGGCUGCAGAGCUCCAAAAGGUUUCUCUACAGCAGUCACCUCUAGUAGCUUCCUCUGGAGUGGAAAAGGGAUCUCAUGGUCAUUCUGGAACCACUUCUGCUGCCUCCAGUGCUGUGCCCAGCCCGGGUCAGCCUGGUUCUCCCUCAGUGAGCAAAAAACGGCAUAGCAGCAAGCCCACUGAAACUACGAAGUCUUCUUCCCAUCCUAUCACUGGAGAAAUUCAGCUUCAAAUCAACUAUGACAAACACCUUGGCAACCUUAUCAUUCACAUCCUUCAGGCAAGAAACCUUGCUCCCAGAGACAACAAUGGCUAUUCUGACCCCUUUGUUAAAGUUUAUCUUCUUCCAGGGAGAGGACAAGUCAUGGUUGUCCAAAAUGCAAGUGCUGAGUACAAGAGGAGAACUAAGUACGUGCAGAAAAGCUUGAAUCCUGAGUGGAACCAGACUGUCAUCUAUAAAAAUAUCUCCACGGAGCAGCUGAAAAAGAAAACACUGGAAGUGACUGUCUGGGAUUAUGAUAGAUUCUCCUCGAAUGACUUUCUUGGUGAAGUAUUGAUCGAGUUAUCCAGCAUCUCCCAGCUUGACAACACUCCUCGGUGGUAUCCUCUGAAGGAACAGAGUGAAAACGCUGAUCAUGGGAAAUCUCAUUCUGGACAGAGUAGCCAGCAAUCUCCAAAACCAUCUGUCAUCAAGAGCAGAAGUCAUGGAAUUUUCCCGGACCCCUCUAAGGACAUGCAGGUUCCCACCAUUGAGAAAUCUCACAGCAGUCCAGGAAGCUCCAAGUCUUCCUCUGAAGGACAUCUACGCUCCCACGGUCCCUCCCGCAGUCAAAGCAAAACCAGCGUCACCCAAACCCACCUGGAAGACGCUGGGGCAGCCAUUGCUGCUGCUGAAGCAGCUGUCCAGCAGCUUCGCCUUCAACCAACAAGGUCUGCUAACCACCGACCCGCAGAAAGUUCUGUCUCCACUGGCUCCUCAGCCAGUAGUUUUGGCAGUGGAUACAGCAUGGAUAGCGAAGGCAGCAGCAGUGCCACAGGAGAAAAUAACCUAUUUCCCAUCCCAAGAAUAGGGAAGAUGAGCCAGAAUGGACAAGAACCAUUAAAGCAGUCAGGAGUAGGAUUAACCGAUGCAGAAGGUAAAACACAGGUUAUGGGUGAAAUCAAGAUUGCAUUAAAGAAGGAAAUGAAGACAGAUGGAGAACAACUGAUAGUAGAAAUCCUUCAGUGCAGAAAUAUCACAUACAAAUUUAAAUCUCCAGAUCAUCUACCAGACCUGUAUGUGAAGCUGUACGUUGUCAAUAUCUCUACCCAAAAGAGAGUAAUUAAGAAGAAAACCAGGGUAUGCAGGCACGACCGAGAGCCUUCAUUCAAUGAAACAUUUAGAUUUAGCUUGAGUCCUGCUGGGCAUUCUCUUCAGAUUCUGCUUGUCUCCAAUGGAGGGAAGUUUAUGAAAAAGACAUUGAUUGGGGAAGCUUAUAUCUGGCUUGACAAAGUGGAUCUAAGGAAAAGAAUAGUAAACUGGCACAAACUCUUGGUCAGCUCCACACAAGCGCACUGA